AUGAGCAGAAGUGGGUGGAUUACGCCGAGUGUCGGUGGCAGCAUGGAUAAUGAACUUCCUGGCGACAUGACGACAAGGACGGAGACCGAGGGUGGAGGAGCGAUCGCGUCGCGCGGAAGAGGCAUGAAGGAGACGGGGGAGUGGGACGUUACGUUACCCCUUGCUGUCACGGGGACGUCACGAGGGGGUGUCUGGGGUGCUGCGGAGAAGCGGAGGAUGAGAGGAUGA